AUGAGUGAAACGAAGAAGAGAAAGAUCGAAGAGAAGAAACCUCAUGUAGAGAAGUUGCAAUGUGAAUACUUUCUUGCUAAAAAGAAUAGAAGAUGUGCAAUGCAACGUAAGAAAGAUCAAAGAUUCUGUUCUGAACAUAUGAUCCAUGAAGAUAACAAACAAACCAAACAAGAAAGAGUACCUUGUCCUCUUGAUCCUAACCACACAGUAUGGGUCAAGGAAUUAGAAAAACAUUUGAAGAAGUGUAAUGCAAAACCAAAGGAAAUACCCGAUCCUUGGUUUGAAAUGGAUUUGAAUGUAACACUUAAAGGAAUCUCCGAGACAGUUGAGAAAGUUGAAUCAGAAGAUGAUGGCUUAGAUGAAGUUGCAUUAUUUGCAAAGUAUAUUCCCAUACUUAAAUCAAUAAGUUUUGAACCUUUACAAUUUAAGAUAAGUGAACAUAAAGGAUUGGAUGAAAGAUUAGAAAUAGCAUCUAGACAAAAACAUUCAAUUCAACAAUCUUCAUUAAUUGGGAAUCUUAAAUCAAGAAAUUUAUUAUCAUCAGAAAACUUUUAUGUUGAAUUUGGAUGCGGGAAAGGUGAAUUAUCAAGAUUUAUAAAUUUAUGUAUACUACAAGAUUCAACCAAUCAGAAUAAGUUGCAAAAAAAUGAUUGCGAAAAAUAUGGGUAUGGAUUUAUUGAUCGUGGAGUUAAUAGAUUAAAGGUAGACAAAAGAAUUAUAAAUGAUUGCUCUGAUUCAGAACUCAAACCAAUCAUCAAAAGAACAAGGAUUGAUAUUAAAGAUUUGAAUCUUGAUAAGUUUGUGGAAGAUGUUAAUCCCAAUAGGAUUGUAGGAAUAUCGAAGCAUUUGUGCGGAGCAGCUACUGAUUUGACAUUAAAACUGCUAGUCAAUUCGACUAUACUAAAAAGUGAAAAAUUUGGAGGAUUAUUGAUUGCCAUGUGUUGUAGACAUGCGUGUGCUUAUGACCAAUUACUCCCACAAUCACGUCAAUAUUUAUAUGAUCGCGGUUUCAAGACCUUACAGUCAUUCAAUAUUUUAAAGAAGAUGGUAUCUUGGGCCGUGAGUAGUUCAAGACCAGCAAAUAGCGCUGAACAACAACACAUAUCAGGAUUAACAUUUGAGGAAAGAGCAGAGGUUGGAUUGCUAGCAAGACGGUUGAUUGAUGAAAGUCGUGUAAUUGCAAUGAAAUUAAUGGUUGGAGAAAAACUUGACAUAGAUAUGUUUUGGUAUGUUCAGAAGGAUAUCACGUUGGAAAAUGUAUGUCUUGCAAUUACACCAGCUGUCCCUGCAAUUGAAUAG